AUGAAUUUUUAAAAAUACUCAACAACUAACAUAUCUGGUACUGCAGGCACAGCUCAGCACUUCUCAAACUUAAACUAAUCUAUGGGUUACGUAUCAAACUCUUCAAUGAAACGACAGUCUAGUGGAAAUACUCGUCAAGAGCAGAGUGUUGAGCGACUUAAAUCGUGCAUCGCUGAUUUGAAAAAGCUCGCUUCAAAUAAAGUUAAAAGACAGACCAAUAAUUAUGUAGAUUAGGCUCCGUCGUUCGGUGAUCAACAGACACCCUCUUCUUCCUCGUAGUAUGGAUAUGAUGGAAGAUCGAAGCCAGAUAGAAAUUCUCAAUACGUUGGAACAAAGUCAAAAUCUAAAAAUCAACAAUAUGACAGUAAUUAUGAUUAAUAACAACGUAAAAAUCACCAUUAAACCAAAAUGGCAAAUGCACUUAAGAAGUACAUGAAUGAGACUGAAUACACUGCUGCAGCAGGAGUAAACACUUCCGCAACAGGGAUUUCCAAAUUGGAUUAAAAUUAUAGAGAUAUGCUGAGCUAAGUUACAAAUUCUACAACUGGCAUCAAUACCUCUGCUUAUCAUAAAAGUAAUACCAAUGACAGGAGAGAAAGCCACAGAGGUAGAAGUAGUGCAAAUGGCAGCAAUAAAAAGAAGUAAAGUUCUAGUACUACUGGUUACAACUAAGGCUCUUAGAGAGGUCACAGUGCAACAAACUAUCAUCAUUAAAGAGAAGACAGCUAUUCAAAAAAAGAAACAGCUUUGAUGGGAAGCAAUAAAAAGAGAGGAAGCGCUUCUCACAUGACUGGGGGGACAACAGGUUAAGGAGUGUACGCAUCUCAGAAAAAAUAAUUAGAAAAUUCAAUUAGGUCCAAUAAAUACAGUGACCAUGGAUAUUCAUCUAAGUAAUAACCUAGAAAGGCUAAAUCUCAAGAUAGAAUUCAUCCAAAUUAUUAGCAAUCUGAUAAGCCCAGUCCUUCAAAUCAACUGUACUCCAACAAUCACAGAAGCUAGCAAAAUAAUUCUAAAUCAAGCAGACCUUAGUCAUCUUCUACCACAAAUAUGCAAAGAUAAAAUCAAGGAGGACAUUCUGAAAAUUUAUAUCCAGAAAGCUAUUCAGCACUAAAUAAAAAUUCUAAUUUACUGUAGCAAAAAGAAAGAAAACCAUUCGCCUUCUAAAGCUAUCUGCUUAAUCAAAAUGACAUAUACUCAUAGACUUCUGCUUCUAAUCAAACUAAGAAAACAGGAAGCGGAACAACUGUUUCUCAUGUCAAUGGAAAUGGGGCUUCGUAGCCUUUUUCUAAAACAGAUACCUUCUUGGGUGGAGGUGGAACUAAUGGAAGUGAAAACCCCAAUGCUGCUAUUGAUAUAAGAAUUAAGAAUAACAAGCAUGGUGAGACAGAUUACCUCGUCAUUCAAUCACCAACUUCAUAAUAACAUCCCUAACAUAGUAAUAUAAACUAGCCUCGUGGUAGCAUACAUUCUAGCAACAACUCAAACAUUAUAAAUCUUACAGAUAAUAAGGCAGAUAUAUACGGUGGAAGUGGGAAGUAAAAUAGUCGAAGAAUGGACUCAAGCACCAGUAAUCAGUAUUUAUAGUAGUAAUAGUAUAACACUGGUAUCAGUGAAAAGAGCUAGAGAGCAUAAAGCUAAAAUCCACAAAGACCUGAUACUUCUCAUUUCGGUAUGAAAUAAAGUGAUAGUGCAAAGGAUUAAUUAAAUACGACUUCAAAUUCCAAUCAUCACAAGUCGAGUGGAAACCAGAAAGUGAGAAACGAUUUUAAGCAGAAGUCAUAAGAUAAAAGCUUCGAUUCAAAAACCAAUGUUUAUCAAAAGCAGUUUAUAGGCUAAGCUAUUUCAGAUCCAGCCUCUGUUCAUAUGAUUAAUACAACUGGAGGAAUAAGAUCUCUUUAAGAAGCUGCCAUACUUACUCAGUCAACAGAUUUUUCUGAAAAUAGAAUAUAAUCACUAGAACACUAGAAGAGAAUACUUAGUCUGUAAAAUUAGAAUCCUAGCUCAAUAUACUCGAACACUAAUCAGCCACAAUUCUAUCCAGGAACUUAAAAUCACCUAAUAAAUCAAACUACUUCAUCUCUCUAAAACUAAAAUAUAAUCACCUAUGGCUAUGGUUAAUCUACAAUGGGAGCUGGAGGUGUUGGCAUCAAUAAUAUGAUGAGGACAGCUAAUGCCACGAGAGAGGAUUUCAAUAUUGAAGAUUUGCAUUCUCAGAUAGUUUAUAAACUAUAGAGAUCAAAGAAACUCAUCAGAGAGAUUGAGUUACUGCCUCAAGAGAGGGAUUAGGAAAUGAUGGAGGACUCAAGUGACUUCGGUUCAGGCAGAGUAAAUCAUAACAGAUACUAAUAAAAGUAAAUAAAUGGUGCAAGAGGCAGCAAUGGUGGUGGGCCUUAACAAUAGCCACCCUAAUCCCUUAUUAUCAUGUAAAAUGAAGAGAUAAUAUGUGGGGAUGGCUGCAAUAGACCUGCCAUAUUUUUCGGCAGAGCUAAUUGA